AUGUCCUCAUUAAGUAUUGUCCUUAAUUUCCAAGCUGGACUUGGAGUCUUGGCCAAUAUGUUUCUCCUUGUUUUCUAUACUUUCAUAAUCCUAUGUCACAGACCUAAGCCCAUGGACAUGAUCUCCUGUCAACUGACCUUCACCCACAUAGUGCUGCUCCUCACUGGAGGGGAUAUUUGGCUUUGGGACAUACUUGAGUCACUAAACAUUGAUAAUGACUUCAAAUGUAAGACAACUUUUUACAUAAGCCGGGUGAUGAGAGGCCUCUCCAUGUGCAUCACCUGCCUCCUAAGUGUGUUCCAGGCUGUCACUAUCAGUCCCAGUACCUCUUUCUUGACAAAAUUUAAAUAUAAAAUAAAAAAGUGUAUGAUUUCUGCUUUCUUACUUAUUUGGUCUUUCAACUUGUCAUUCACUAGUCACCAAAUCAUCUAUGCUGGUGUUUUCACCAAUGUGAGUAAGCCCAAACAGAUGAAGGUCACUGCAUUCUGCUCACUCUUCUCCAUAAACUACAUCAUCAGGGCACUGAUUUUAACAGUGACAACCUCAAGAGAUGUAUUUCUUGUAGGAGUUAUGCUGAUCACAAGUGUGUAUAUGGUGAUUAUCUUGUUCAGACACCAGAAGCAAUGCAAGCAUCUUCACAGCCUCAGCCACUUGAGAGAUUCACCUGAGAAAAGGGCCACCCAGACCAUCUUGCUGCUGGUGGUUUGCUUUAUGGUCACAUACUCAGUGGAUUUUAUCAUCUCAUCUACUGCGUCUCUGUUAUGGAUGUACGACCCAGUCACCCUGAGUGUUCAGAAACUUGUGCAACCACUUUGGAAAUCAAACAAGAGAGCAUUUUCAGAAUUUUGGGUUGCCAAUCUACUUAGCUGGCACCUGCAGUCUAAACUGGAAGACCAUUUUGAGAGUAGGCAUAUUGCCAUCAUAACAGAUGUACUGACAGUCAAGUGA